AUGUCGCUACUUUGCUUCGUCGUUGUCCCCUUAACACUCUUCUUCUUCUUCUUCAAUGCCAUAUCCGCAGCCGCCGCCACCGAGUUUGACUUUGGAACCUUAACAUUGAGCAGUCUCAAACUUCUCGGCGAUGCCCACUUGAACAACGGCACCGUUUGUCUCACUCGCGACCUCGCCGUCCCCAACUCUGGCGCCGGCAGGGCCCUCUACUCUCGACCAGUAAAAUUCCGGCAACCCGGAACCCACCUUCCGACCAGCUUCACCACCUUCUUCUCCUUCUCCAUCACCAACCUCAACCCCUCCUCCAUCGGCGGCGGACUCGCCUUUGUCAUCUCCCCGGACGACGAGACAAUCGGCGACGCCGGCGGGUUCCUCGGCCUGCUCGAUGCAACGGAGGGUGACGGCGGCGGAGGCUUCAUCGCGGUGGAGUUCGACACCCUUAUGGACGUGGAGUUCAAGGACAUUAACGGGAACCAUGUUGGGGUGGACCUGAAUAGCAUGGUUUCGAGCCAAGUUGGUGACUUGGAUUCCAUUGGGAUCGAUCUCAAGAGUGGCGAUUUGGUGAAUGCGUGGAUCGAGUUCAACGGAUCCAACAAAGGGUUGAACGUGUGGGUUUCGUACUCCAAUCUCAAACCCAAAGACCCAAUUUUGUCGAUGAAUCUGGAUGUGGAUCAGUACUUGAGUGACUUCAUGUAUGUGGGGUUCUCUGGUUCAACGCAGGGUAGCACAGAGACUCACAGUGUCGAGUGGUGGAGUUUUAGCUCAUCUUUUGAUUCUCGUCCGGCGGGUUCGGAGGCGGCGGCGCCGCCCCCUCCGGCGGUUAGUUUGAUGAACCCAACUGCGAAUUCAGUUAAGUCGCCGCCACCUUCUUUGGCUCCUAGUGCUUCAUCGAAUGAGGAACAAAAGGAGAGACAAUCAUCUUGUCACAAUGGGUUGUGCAAGCAAGGUUUGGGAGCAGUUGCUGGGGUUGUGUCUGCUGGGGCAUUUGUUCUGGCUCUGUUUGCAGGUGCAUUGAUUUGGUUUUACUCUAAAAAGGUGAAGCACGUGAACGAGUCUGCUUCACUUGGAUCAGAAGUCAUCAAGGUUCCAAAGCAGUUUAGCUACAAGGAGCUCAAAUCGGCUACAAAGUGCUUCAAUGCAAAUAGGAUAAUUGGUCACGGUGCGUUUGGGACUGUGUAUAAGGGUAUUUUUCCUGAGAAUGGGGACAUUGUUGCGGUGAAGAGAUGUAGCCAUAGUAGUCAGGGUAAGAAUGAGUUUUUAUCCGAGUUAUCCAUAAUUGGGAGCCUUAGACAUCGAAAUCUUGUUCGUCUUCAAGGUUGGUGUCAGGAGAAAGGCGAGAUUUUAUUGGUGUAUGACUUAAUGCCCAAUGGGAGUUUAGAUAAGGCUUUGUUUGAGGCCAGAACACCUCUUCCUUGGACUCACAGGCGCAAGAUUUUGUUAGGUGUGGCCUCUGCGUUGGCCUACUUGCAUCAGGAGUGUGAAAAUCAGGUAAUUCACAGAGACAUUAAGACUAGUAACAUAAUGUUAGAUGAAGGGUUCAAUGCCCGGUUGGGAGAUUUUGGUUUAGCAAGGCAAACCGAGCAUGACAAGUCGCCGGAUGCCACGGUGGCUGCGGGAACAAUGGGGUACCUGGCACCUGAGUAUCUUCUUACAGGUAAGGCUACAGAGAAAACUGAUGUGUUCAGUUAUGGUGCGGUGGUUCUUGAGGUUGCCAGUGGGAGAAGGCCUAUAGAGAAAGAUGGUAAUGGCGUUGGUAUUAGCAGCAAUUUGGUAGAAUGGGUUUGGAGUUUGCACCGGGAAGGCAGGUUGCUAAUGGCAGCUGAUCCAAGGCUUGAGGGUGAGUUUGAGGAGGGAGAGAUGAGGAGGGUACUCUUGGUUGGGCUAGCUUGCUCCCACCCUGAUCCUUUGGCUAGACCCACUAUGAGGGGUGUGGUUCAGAUGCUGGUGGGUGAGACUGAAGUGCCUAUUGUCCCAAGAACCAAGCCAUCUACGGGUUUAAGUACUUCCCACUCCCACCUCUUACUGAGCUUGCAAGAUAGUGUAUCUGACUGGGAUGGUAUAAUCACCAUCUCUCCUUCCACAUCAGAGAACAGCUUCAAUGGUGGAGAAAUAGUCUGAUGGAAAUCUUUGGAUGAGACCAGGCCAUUUAUAUUAUUGACUCAGUGUAAAUAAGGAGAGAUAUGUAUUCAUUUGUUGGUGUAUGUAAAUGACUAUAACAUGCAAUU